CAGAGGAAGAAUGUAGAUGCUGCCACGACUGGACCAUUUCAAUCCCGCCAUUAGAAUCAGCCGGUAUCCGACUAAUGAAGAGUAUGUUCAAGUGGCUAAGGCCCUUAUUCUGAGGUACCCCUUUUUAAAGGACAAAGAGGGCAAUGGAUAUCACACAUGGCACAUGUCUCUGAAACGCAAGUUUAAAUUUGAACGGACACCUUUGGCUGAUGUUGAAGAAGUGAAAAAACUUAAACAGAAGUUUGGUCAUUCAAAAAAGUCUCAGAAACCUGAAAAAAGCACUUGCAAACAAAUGAAAAGGCCUGUGGACAUGGAUGUUGCUGGAGAGGAUGCUACCUCAAUAGAGGGACAUGUGAAAGUCCUACAGGACCAAUAUCGAAAGACACAGCCAGAUGCUCGUAUUGUUAAAGAGCGAAUGAGGAGGACCUUUGCCUGGAGGCGUAAGGAGAUUAUUGGUGGGAUGACUGUUGAAGAUGCUGUCAACAAAUAUCCGUUUUUGAAGAGUUCAUCAGGGCUUUAUCAAGAAAUUGGUUUCCUGUACAAGUCUGUUAAUCUUUGCCGGCACUUUCAAGAAAGCUUUGGAAACAUUGCAUCCAGUGUGCUACAACUUGCUUGCGGGAAAUCUCAUUUAGCAAAGCCGCUCAUAGAAGCUAGAGAAGAAUCUCUCGUUGAAGACCAUAAUGGAAUUGAUUUCAAAACAGCACUUCUCAUGUUGCUAGUCUUGUUCAGAGAAAAGCUUGAACACUUCAUUGUGCUUGGGGAGAGUGACCCAUCUUCACCAUAUCCAACUGUUCAAGUACAGGAAACCACUGACUGGAAAACUGUGCUUACAAGAAGAGUCACUGCUGUCAUCAGAGUUGAUGGGAUAGAGAUCUGCCGGGCUAGCGGUGUGGACGAAGGUGCUGUGCUGGUUGAGCCACCAAAGGCUCAGACUCACAAGAAGGGUGUUCUUGUCGGGCGUGUUAUAGCCACACUGCCAGGGUCCUGCGAAGUCACUCCGUACUGGAAGGAUCAGCUUCUACAGCUGAUUCAGAAGUAUCAGGAUGUGUUUUCUAAACACAGGCUAGACUGUGGUAAGGCCAAAGAGUUUGUCCAUAGGAUUCAUUUAUCGGACAACCACCCUUUCAGGCUUCCGUAUAGGCGUGUCCCCCCGGCCCAAUAUCAAACCUUGAGGAAGGUGCUCUCAGAGAUGGAGGAGCAAGACAUCAUUAGGAAGUCUUGUAGUGAGUGGGCGUCCCCACUGGUCCUUGUAUGGAAGAAGAGCGGUGAACUUCGCGUUUGUGUUGAUUACCGCUGGCUUAAUGCUCGGACCAUUAAGGACGCUUACCCCUUACCUCACCAAGCAGACUGUUGGCGGCCUUGGGUGGGAAUGCUUUGUUUAGCGUGA